AUGGGCGAGGAGUUUGGGAAGAGUUGCAGCGGGUUACGGGUUUGGGGUGAGGGAGAUGGUAGUGGUGGUUGUGAGGGAGCUGGUCUUUGGCUGGGUGGUGGAGCAACCUAUGGUCAGGCACGUUGUGGUGGUGAUGGGUGGCUGAUGGUUGGCGUCGGGCUGUGGAGUUUUGGAAGAGAUGCAGCUGCAGCAAGGGUUUCGGAUGAAAAGAAGAAUGGAUACCAGAAGACGUUGAUUGAUGAGGAUUGA